AUGCUGUCUGAUGAACAAAGAAUUGAUAAAGUGCAGCAAAAGUUGCUCAAUCAAGAGCAAAUUCGUUGUUAUAAAAUUUUAGAAAGACUAUUUUCUGUGGUUCAGUUUUUAGCUGAGCGUAAUAUAGCAUUUCAAGAAUCUGUUGAAAAACUAGGUGAUGCAAGAAAUGGAAAUUAUAUAUGUAUUAUAGAGUUACUUGGAAAAUUUGAUCCAAUAAUGCAGCGAAUUGUCAGAAAAACAACUAAUGAACAUCAUCUAAGUAAAACAAUCCAAAAUGAAAUUAUAAAUGUAAGAGGCAUUAAAAUUCGAAAUAAAAUUAUUGAACAAAUAAAAAAAGGAAAGUAUUUUGCUGUUAUUCUUGACUGUACUCCAGACAUUAGUCAUAAAGAACAAAUGUCUCUUAGCCUUAGAUAUGUUACAGACGGUACACUACCAGGUGUUCAGGCGAGAAUACUAAAAGAAAAUUCAAGAGCAUUUUUUACAUCUUGUACACGUCAUAACUACAAUCUCCUAUUAGGAGAUAUAGCCAAAAUUUGCCUAGAAGCUAUAACAUUUUUCGGUAUUCUUCAACGCCUGUAUGUUUUAUUUUCGGUAUUUACAAAAAGAUGGCUGGUGCUUCUCAAAUAUGUGAAAGAGCUUACUGUGAAACCAAUUUGUGAUUCCAGAUGGGAGUGUCGGAUUCAAAGUGCUAAAGCAGUAAGAUUCCAAAUAGGUGAAUUUUGCGAUACACUUUUUGAAGUAUCAGAAACCUCCAAAAAUCCACAAAUCAAAAGUGAAGCUGAAUUACUUGGAAACUUAAUGAAAGAUUAUAAGUUUUUUGGUAUUUUGGACUCUCUUUUAAGUAAACUUUAUUUAAAAAAAAAAAAAAAAGAAGAACUAAAAAAACAUGCAUUAGAUUUAGAAAUUGCUCUGACAGAUUCUAAGAUUAUACAAACGGAUACAUCGAAUGACACUGUGAAGCCUGAAGCAUACUUAGAAGGUAACAUGUUACUUGAAAAAAUAGAAACCCUAAAAUCUAUUCUUUCAUCUGAAUAUUCCCAAAACCCAUAUAAAAUGUUUCAAUUUUUAUCUGAGAAUGACAGAGCUACGGCAUUUUCAAACCUAUUUAUUGCCCUUCGCGUAAACUUAACAAUUCCAGUGAGCGUUGCCUCUGGAGAGAGAUCAUUUUCAAGAGGUUUUAUUUCAAAAUACAAUAAUGAUGCAGAAAAUUUUUUUCCUCAAUUUUAUGGACUUCUUUACGAAAAUUUAUUGCCAUCAAAGUUUGACUAUAUUUUACUGACCAAUACUUUGCUUACUGAAGUUAGAAAUCACAUACUUCGAGAUCUUUCAGAAAGUAAACAUAAUAAUUCAUCUAAUAGCAAAAUAUCGUCAUCUUAUCUUUUUUCUGAUAAAGAGUAA